GAGUGGAGGAGGACUUGGUCGUGCUAUGAGGCUACCAUGCCUGGUAUGUAGUGCGCAAAAGAACAAACAGGCCCCAAAGGUGCGAAAUUGUCAGAAAGUGUGUGAGGCAAGGAAAGUUAGAAUGUGUCGAGGGUUUCGUCGGCCAUGAGCAACUGGCCUCGAGAUUGAAGAUUACUGUACAAGACUGGCGGCGGGCCGGCCAGGGACUUUACUGACCUACUGGACGUCAUGCGGGCGACUUUCCUGGUUGUAUAGACGCCACACGAUUCGCUGCGGAGCGCGGGACCCCCACAAAAUAUCGCGCACUCGCUGCCAGCGAGGGGGCAUCCAACCACUAGCCGAGGGUUGCCGAGUUCCAGUCCCUUCAUACGCUUACUGGCACUUUUCCGGAUGAGAAGACACAAGCCAUACGAGAGGGUCAUGGAAAGAUCCUCAAUUCUGUAUCAGAGCGAUGACGGGUCAAUACUUGUUCUCGACAUCCCACGCUCACUGGAGGAGAGCCAGACGCUGCCUGGACAAAUCCCUCUCUCACGACGCCUCAUAUCGGCUCAACCCGUCACCGAGCCAUAUGUGACGCCUGAGCCGAAAAGGGCUCGUGGCGGUCACGCGACGCUGGCCGGAGCCCAGAACAAGUCGCCAGCCGCGCAGAUAGCCGACCUCAUGACGGCAGCCGUGGCUCAGGAUGCCCUGGAUCACUGCAGUCACCAUUUCCACGCAGACUACUGCUUGCCUCGACUGUUAGAGGGACCGCCUGUAGCCGGUGAAACCUUCACGCCUGCUGGCGCACGAAGCCUCCAUGGCUCGUUGCAAGAGCUGAGCAACCAAGUCCGAGAAGAGGCACCAGUAUUUGAUCUUAUCAUGAUGGACCCGCCGUGGCCAAAUAGAUCUGUCCGGCGCAAGACUGACAACUACUCGACCGUCUACCGGCUUGAAGACAUGCAGCGCCUCCUACACCAUAUCCCAGUGCCAUCGCACUUGUCACAUAGUGGCCUUGUGGCCUUGUGGAUCACUAACAAGUCCAGCAUUCUCGACUUUGUCAAGGAGCUGCUCGCGUCGUGGCGGCUGGAGCAAGUAGCGGAGUGGACAUGGCUCAAGGUGACCGCCUCGGGCGAGCCAAUCUAUCCUAUCGAUUCAGAAUGGCGUAAGCCCUGGGAGAAGCUCAUCAUUGCCAAGCGCGCAGGUGCGGCGACGCCCGCUGGACUACAAUCCAAAACGAUCAUCGCCGUCCCCGAUCUUCAUUCAAGGAAGCCCAGCCUGCAGCGACUCUUUGCAGACAUCUUGCCUCCCCAGUAUUCGGGGCUCGAGGUCUUUGCGCGGAAUCUGACGGCCGGCUGGUGGAGUUGGGGCGACGACGUGCUCAAGUUCCAGCAAAAUGUACAUUGGUCUUCGCCGGAUGAUGCAGACCGCCCAUAAGUAGCCCAAUUACAGUAAUAUACAUCUCGUCA